AAAGAUGCAGCUUAAAUACACGGCGAACGACGAGCUAACAUGGCGUCCUCAUACUAUCAGGAGAUGCAGGAGGUUUUCAGGAAUAACAAUAAAAGCAGAGAGUUCCCGGCUCACAGUGCUAAAGUUCAUUCGGUGGCCUGGAGCUGUGAUGGAAAACGUCUGGCGUCUGGAUCAUUUGACAAAACCGCCAGCGUGUUUGUCCUGGAAAAAGACCGACUGGUGAAGGAAAACAAUUACCGAGGACAUGGAGACAGUGUGGAUCAGCUGUGCUGGCAUCCCACCAACCCUGAUCUCUUCGUCACUGCAUCCGGAGACAAGACCAUCCGCAUCUGGGACGUCCGGACCACCAAAUGCAUGGCCACAGUCAGCACGAAAGGGGAGAAUAUCAACAUAUGUUGGAGUCCUGAUGGUCAGACCAUUGCUGUAGGCAACAAGGACGAUGUUGUAACGUUCAUUGAUGCCAAGACGCACCGUCCACGUGCUGAGGAGCAGUUCAAGUUUGAGGUCAAUGAGAUCUCCUGGAAUAAUGACAAUGACAUGUUCUUCCUGACAAACGGCAACGGCUGUAUCAAUAUAUUAAGUUACCCUGAUCUCAAGCUCAUACAGUCCAUUAAUGCUCAUCCGUCCAACUGCAUCUGCAUUAAAUUCGAUCCCACUGGCAAGUAUUUUGCCACAGGAAGUGCAGAUGCCCUGGUCAGCCUGUGGGAUGUGGAGGAGCUGGUGUGUGUUCGCUGCUUCUCCAGACUAGACUGGCCUGUGCGGACGCUUAGUUUCAGUCAUGAUGGUAAAAUGCUGGCGUCCGCCUCGGAGGAUCAUUUCAUUGACAUUGCUGAAGUAGAGACAGGUGAGAAACUGUGGGAGAUUCAGUGCGAGUCUCCAACCUUCACUGUAGCGUGGCAUCCGAAGAGACCGCUGCUGGCGUAUGCCUGCGACGACAAAGAGGGCAAAUACGACAGCAACCGAGAGGCAGGGACCGUCAAGCUCUUUGGACUUCCCAAUGACUCUUGAGGACCAGUGUUUUUUCCCCAAGCUUAUUCCGGCCUCAUUUGAGGUUUAAUGAAUAGUUCAUUCGAUUGACUUACUUUGUAUUAGAUUUCAACUUAUUUUUAAGUAAAUGCUGUAAAUAGUUCAAAGAUACUGUGAUGUUCUGCUCUCAUAUUACUUGAUGUGUUCCUGAAUGAUCAAGGUCUAAAUCACAAGUAUAAAUAACUACAGCCUGCAGCUCAUUUUUAGAACAUAAGAAUGUUCCUCUUUUUCCAAAAAUUGACGGAAAGGCAUGGAUAGAAGUCUAGUCUGAGUAGAGGACUUGAAAAUCAUUUGACUCUCAGAGCAUGUUGCUGUUUCCAUGAUUGAAAUUUUGGGGGAAAAAAUGUGUGGAUUUUCCCUUUAGGAAUCUUGACAUUCUUUUGUUCAAAGCAUGUCUCGUAUCUCUAGUUUUGUAAGUGACCAGCAGAGGGCAUCAUAAGCUCAAAGAGGCAAGGUAUUACUGUCUAAUACAGGCAUUUUUAUGUUUACCUUUCUUUUUUUUUUUUUUACAGAAAUAAACAUAUUUUUUAAUGAAAA